GGGUUCGUCAUGACACUUAUUGGAACAGCCGGAGAUCAGUCCCUGCCAACCCUUUUUGACUGCAACCGCAAUGAUACGUACGCCUCUCCUUUUAACACUAGUUUCCGGAGCAUACAUCGGCGGCCUCGUCCUAGCCGCUGAUGUGUCGACCCUCUCCUCUUCUUUGAAGGUCAUCUCGGCAAAUGUCUUCCCUGGUCUCAGGGACAUUGCAGCGGACGUCUGGAGAAACCCUGAGAUUGGGCUCGAUGAGAACCAUGCCCACGACCUCGUUGUCGACUACUUCACCAAGAUGCGGUCGGGCGAAUGGGAGGUAACACCUCACGCUUUUGGCAUGUCGACAGCUUGGAAGCUCGAGUUCGAGUUCCGAACACCUGCCAUCCCGCCUAGCGAGAAGUUGCCCGCCAUCGGCUUCAUGGCCGAGUACGACGCACUCGUUGGUAUCGGCCACGCAUGCGGACAUAACCAAAUCCUGCUCAAUGCAUUGGCAGCCGCGAGCAUGGCUCGGGAGGCACUUAUUAAACUUGAGAUCCCCGCGCGUGUUGUGGUCAUCGGGACCCCAGACGAGGAGAACGGGGCGGGCAAAUGUCAACUGCAGAAAGCGAGCGCGUUUGAGGAUGCGGAUAUCUGGUUCAUGGCACAUCCGACGAAUGCCAACGCGGUGCAGCCUAUGAACUCUCGCAUCAACGCGUUUUCCGACUUCAGAGCCACAACCCAUCGUGGGGCGGUCCGGAAGGCGUAUGAGGCGCUUGUUGCGGUGCGCGACCUAGCCGCCGGAGGGUUGCCGGGAACAUCAUCAUCCGUUGUUCCGGUCGAGGAGGUCGGCAUGUUUGAGUGCAACGUCGUGCAAGGCGAGAUAUCGCUAGGAAUCAACGGUUCAUCGGUUGAGGCGGUUCGGCAAACGGUGUCCUCCAUUCUCGACAGCACAUACCCUGAAGUCUCCUUCACGGCGGAAUACGAUACCGACGGUGGCGUCAACUUGACGGCCAUCGGCCCCGGAGGCCACGCGUCGGAGAGCACCAAAGGGCCACUUGUAUUGACCAUUGAAACCUUCCGCGCACUUUCUAGCGAGGAUGGUAUCUCGUUUUACCUGCCCGGGAACACGACUCUAGGAGCGCUUGGCAUUAUCUUUGACAUCCGCUCACGAUACACACACGAUAUCACCUCCGUUCUUGAUGCCGUCCAAGCGGCCAUAGGAGACAAGGCAGAAGCCAUCGACACCGACACUGUCUACCCUGCCCUCGAGGUGACGCCCUUCAUCCCCGCCAUCUUCACCGACCUGAUGACGUCGCCUGAUUUCGGCUCGCAGACGGAUUGGCCCAUAUUGACCUUUGCGCCCGCGUCUAGCGAUGCCGGCUAUACCCGGACGGAGGUUGUUGCACGCGGGUUGGCGCACCUUGCCGUGCAGUUGCUCAAUGAUCCAGUUAUGAUGGCCAACGCGACGGCUAUUAUUCUUGCAAAGUGA